GGUCAGCUCCAGAGCCCCGAACGCCCAUAUCCGGGUUCCCGCCGCCGCCGCCGCCGCCGCCGCCGCCGCCGCCGCCCCGCUCUUUCAGCCCUGUCAGGAGUGGUGUGAUUCCCGACCAAGAUGGCGGCCGUGGGGCGAGUCGGCUCGUUCGGUUCAUCUCCACCCGGGUUAGCCUCGACUUACGCCAGCGGGCCUCUGGCCAACGAGCUGGCGUCGGGCAGCGGCGGCCCCGCGGCGGGCGACGACGAGGACGGACAGAACCUCUGGUCCUGCAUCCUCAGCGAGGUGUCCACGCGCUCGCGCUCCAAGCUCCCGACCGGGAAGAACGUGCUGCUGCUGGGUGAAGAUGGAGCUGGAAAAACAAGCUUAAUAAGAAAAAUUCAGGGAAUAGAGGAGUACAAGAAAGGAAGAGGCCUGGAGUAUUUGUAUUUAAACGUGCAUGAUGAAGACCGGGAUGAUCAAACGAGAUGUAAUGUAUGGAUCUUGGAUGGAGACCUGUAUCACAAAGGGCUACUCAAGUUCUCCCUGGAUGCUCUUUCUCUGAAGGACACUCUGGUUAUACUGGUCGUUGAUAUGUCAAAGCCUUGGACUGCUUUGGAUUCCUUACAGAAAUGGGCAAGUGUGGUGAGAGAGCACGUUGACAAGCUGAAAAUACCCCCUGAGGAGAUGAAAGAAAUGGAGCAGAAGUUGAUUAGAGACUUCCAAGAGUACGUGGAGCCAGGAGAAGACUUCCCAGCUUCCCCUCAGCGAAGAGCCACAGCUGCGCAGGAGGACAGAGAUGACAGCGUUGUCCUCCCGCUGGGUGCAGACACACUCACACACAACCUGGGUCUCCCGGUACUCGUGGUCUGCACAAAGUGUGAUGCCAUUAGUGUAUUGGAGAAAGAGCAUGACUACAGAGAUGAACACUUCGAUUUUAUCCAGUCACACAUCCGCAAGUUCUGUUUACAGUAUGGUGCAGCACUUAUUUACACUUCAGUAAAAGAGAACAAGAACAUAGACUUAGUUUAUAAAUACAUCGUCCAGAAGCUGUACGGGUUCCCCUACAAGAUCCCUGCGGUGGUGGUGGAAAAGGAUGCAGUGUUUAUUCCAGCAGGGUGGGAUAAUGAUAAGAAAAUAGGAAUAUUACAUGAAAAUUUUCAAACUUUGAAAAUAGAAGAUAAUUUUGAAGACAUCAUAACCAAACCUCCUGUCCGAAAGUUUGUGCAUGAAAAGGAGAUCAUGGCAGAAGAUGACCAAGUGUUUCUUAUGAAGUUACAGUCCCUUUUAGCAAAGCAACCACCAACUGCAGCUGGAAGACCUGUGGAUGCCUCACCAAGAGUCCCUGGAGGCUCCCCUCGAACACCAAACAGAUCUGUGUCAUCCAAUGUUGCCAGUGUGUCCCCCAUCCCUGCGGGAUCAAAAAAAAUUGAUCCGAACAUGAAAGCUGGAGCAACGAGCGAAGGUGUCCUGGCCAACUUCUUCAACAGUCUGUUGAGUAAGAAGACUGGCUCCCCUGGAGGCCCCGGGGUCGGGGGCAGUCCUGGAGGAGGGGCUCCAGGGGGAAGCACUGGCUUGCCACCCUCCGCCAAAAAGUCAGGCCAGAAGCCUGUGCUCUCAGAUGUUCACGCAGAGCUAGACAGAAUCACACGGAAACCUGCUUCCGUUUCUCCUACAACACCUACGUCUCCUACGGAAGGAGAAGCCUCCUGAAGAUACCAAACAAAGCCAUUUGUUCCUUCUUCUGGGUAACGUCAGCUUGCCUCUGCCUUUUCCCUCCAAGUUGGAAUUAGGGGACUGGAAGCUUUUACAGACAAAGUUUAUGUCCUUUUUUUUUUCCCCUGUGGCUGCCCAUUUUGAAAAGAGGAGCUACACAGAAGAAAGACAAUUUUACAUUAUGUAGAAUAACUGUUUGCAUUGCUGUUCUGCAAAAGGAAGUAAUUUUGGAUUUUGAAAAAAAAAAUCUCAAACUGUAUAAGACUGCAAUAGAACUAGGUGAUCCUGUUCUCUGGGCCAUAUAAGCCAUACAGGAGCAUUUAGGGAAGGGCAGAAAAAUAUGUAAUUUGGGCAGUUGAUUAACUCAGAAGUCUAAACUUGUUUUAGGUAAGACUAUUCCAAUCAUUUUUAAAGAUACCAUGUUUUUCUGAAGAACACUGAUCAGCUGUCAGGUCUCACACCAACGGCAGUGUAGUCACACCUGAGGCACAGUCGUCUCACUCCGUGAUUCUGAAGUCACCAUCGAAAGGACAAGAACCAUUGGCCAAGAUGCACCUCUAAUCACGAAAGAAAGCACACCACCUGAGUGUGAGAGCUGCGGAAGUUAUGAACAUGUAAAGAGAGAACGGCUUUGCAGUUGUCUAUACAUAUAUAUAUAUAUAUAUAUGUAUAUAUAUAUAUGGCUCUGCCUUAAUAGACUCCUUUUUGUUCGUGACUUUCAACUGUAAUCAGUUAAUAAAGUAUUUAUUCUCUGCA